AUGUCUGGAAGAAACCAGAUUGCGCGUAGCGGCAGUUUAUACGAAGAUGCAGAGUCGGAAACUCUUCGCAGGCUCUCGGAAUUUUCCAUGAGCGACUGGAUGAGGAAGCUGGGGGAGGCGGAGGUCUUCGAGUCGGACUUGCAGCACUUAAUCCUCAACUAUCUUACCAUAAACGGUCUAGGAGGACCUGCAGAGGAAUUCAUAAGAGAAGCCCGAAUAGACCCCUCUCCAUGUGACAAUAUGAUUCUUUUGCAGCUGCUGAAUGCUGAUGCGGAGGUGACGUUUCUUUUGCACAAGCAGCAACUUUUGCGGCUCAUAGAGGCGGGAGAUGCGGAAGAAGCAAUCGACUUCGCCCAACAACACCUUGCGCCUUGUGUCAAGGAUUGUUGCCCGGAAGCCCAGCGUCUAAUAGGGGGGAUGGAACAGCGGGAGGAGACUGCUAGACGUAUCGAUGAGGCAAUUCUUGAUCUAUACAGGAUCGAACAGGGCGAGUUCAAAUGCAUGUAG